CUUAUCUCUGAAAAAUAAAAUUUAAUUUUUGAGCAAAUAGUUUGUCAACUGAGAAUUUUUCUGGAAAAAAAAGGAAUAUUUUACAAUGUGCUGAUAUUUAUUUAAAAAAAAAAAUAAAUUCUUCGUCGAAAUUUUAAUAAAAGAAAAAAAUAAAAGUUAUGAAAGAAUCGCGACAUCCCGAAAAUCUUUAUAAAAAUAAUAAAUUAACUUUUAUUGGAGAGAAUAAACGGAAAAAGACUAGAGAAAAUAAAAAUAAUAAUAAAAGUUUAAAAAAUAUCACAGAUAGUGGAAGCUUAAAUUACAAAAGAAAUAAUUUAAAUUUUGGUGAAUUUGAUACUUGAAUUAUUUUUUUUUUAAAUUUUAAUAAAAAAAAAGUGUCAUCACUGACGUGCUCCAUAUAACGUCCAGUCCUCCGGAGAAACGGAAAAAGUCUUUAACGAAGAAGGAAAAGGAGAAAAUGGUCGCUCACUCAUUACCAACCGCGAAUAUUGACUACAACGAUCCCGUACGGAAGCAGCUGAUUCAGGAGAAACGUGACCAUGCAAAGCAGCAAAAGUAUGACUACUCGCACGUUUUCAGUCCCAAAUCCCGCUUUGACCUGAUACGACUCUCAGCGAUCAUAAUGGCAAUUGAGUUCGCAUAUGCCGCUGAAACUGCAUUUGUUAGUCCAAUUUUGCUUGAAAUCGGGAUUGAUCACUCAAAGAUGACGAUGAUAUGGGGAAUUUCACCUUUUGUAGCAUUUUUCGUGUCACCUCUCAUGGGAACGAUUUCCGACAAGUGUCGUUCGUCUCUUGGAAGAAGAAGACCUUUCAUUUUGCUCUUGUCCAUUGGAAUCAUCUUGGGCUUACUUUUAGUUCCUUAUGGCAAGCCUCUGGGAAUUUUACUUGGUGACUAUGGCGACGAAAAGGAGGAUUACAUGAACACGACACGAUCUCUGGACAAUUUUAACGUCGAAGAAAAAAUAUUCCCGGAAGGAAGUGUUUACGAUAGUUACAAAUGGGCCGUGAUGUUUACCGUUAUUGGCACCAUUUUGCUCGAUUUUGACUGCGAUAAUUGCUUGACGCCCGCAAGAGCGUAUCUGCUCGACGUCAGUUUGCCAGAAAAUCACGCAAAAGCUUUGAGCACGUCGACAAUGAUGGCUGGUGCCGGUGGUUGUUUCGGAUAUUUGCUCGGAGGAGUGAAUUGGGAAGCAACUUUCAUUGGAGUCUUUUUUGGCGGGAACAUAAAAACAGUUUUUGCGCUCGUUACAAUAAUUUUUCUCGUUGGAAUGACCAUCACGGUGACGAGUUUUCGUGAAAUUCCGUUGCCAUUGAUGGAAAAAGAUGAAUUAUUGCGACCAAUUACUCAAGUUGCCAUCACAAAAGCGAAGGAUAAGGUCUUAAGAGACGCUAAACAAGGAAAAUCAACAGAAGUAGUUUUGUCGGUCUCUGAUUUGAACGGAAAAAAAUCAGAAAAUCACGAAGCGGGAAUUUCUGGUGAAAUAGACGAAGAAAAUGACGUCACGUUCGGACAAUAUCUCAAAAGUAUCGUCGUGAUGCCGAAAUCUUUGAGACUUUUGUGUUUAACGAAUUUUUUGUCGUGGAUGAGCCAUUGUUGUUAUUGUCUCUAUUUCACGGAUUUCGUUGGAGAAGCCGUUUUUAAUGGAGAUCCCACAGCAGAAAAGGGAUCGCAAGGACAUCAACUUUACGAAGAUGGGAUUCGAUUUGGAUGUUACGGACUUGCAAUUUAUGCUGCAGCUUGUUGCUUCUACUCAAUGACGAUCGAAACCCUGAUAUCAAAACUUGGCGCAAAAAUUGUCUAUGUUGGAGGAUUGACAACGUUCGGAGUUGGAAUGUUGCUUCUCGGAGUUUUUCCUACAAAGAACCUUUGUCUCAUCUUGAGCAUCACCGGAGGAGUUAUUUAUGCCACGUUAUUUACUUUCCCAUUUUUGCUCGUUGCUCGGUAUCAUGAAAAAGGAUCGUUCAAAGUACGCAAAGGCCAAGAAGUACCAUCGGAAGGAAAACGUGGCUUGGGUACCGAUAUCGCCAUCGUCGGCAGCAUGCUUUUUGUCGGACAAUUCACUGUCUCCCUAACUGUCGGCUAUUUCGUUACAUUCCUCGGAUCGACAACAGCUAUCAUGUACGCUGCCAGUGGAUUUGCCUUUUUGGCUGCGAUAUCAGCUUUGAAAAUUGUCUACAUGGGACUCUAAAUAUUUAUUAAUUAUUAUUCGUAGUUGUGAUGAAUUUUUGUAAUCUCCAAGAAAGAUUUAAGUUUAAAUUUUAUUGUUAUAAAAAAAAUAAAUAAACAAAAAAAAAUAUUUUACGC